ACUGGGCUCAGCACUCAUCCCUGGGGAACACGACUGGAGACCAGCUGUAUGCAGCACCAUUCAGCACCCCUCCCUGGCCCGGUCACCCGGCAGUUCUGAACCCAGCCAAGGGUGCACCUGUCCAAGCCGGGGGCCGCCAGGCUCUCCGGCAGACUACGGCUGGGAACGGCGUUGGCAAAGCCUUUGCUGCAGGCGGGCACACAGCACCGCCCGGCGCCGCUCGGCGCAGCCGCACGGACAGCGCAGCGCCCGCCGCCCCCAGGAGCCCCGCUGCUCCCGAGAGCGGGAAGCGGAAGGGACAGAACCGGGGCGGAGCGGGCCGGAGCGGAGGGGGGCCGGGGCCAUGUCCUGGUCCUUGAUCUCUGCCGCAUGGUGCCUGCUGUCCACCGCCUGGUCCCGACUGGCCACGGCCUGGUCCCUGCUGGCCACGGCCUGGUCCCUGCUGGCCUCCGCCUUCCUGGGGGCGCUGGUGCUGCUCCGGCAGGGCCCUGCGCCGCGGCGCGGUGCCGUCGGCCUGGAGAUCUCCGGCCUCUUCCAGGACCUCAUUCGGUACGGGAAGACGAAGCGCGGGUGCGGGCAGCUCCCGGAGUGGCUGCGGCUCCUGCAGGUGCCCAAGAGGUGGUUUACUCACUUUUAUGUGGUUUCUGUGCUCUGGAAUGGUUUUCUGCUGAUCUGUCUUUUCCGAGCUGAGUUUCUUGGAGAGUCGCUCCCAUCAUGGAUUCAGGACGUGCACCAUGCUCUUGGCAGAGAUUCUCAGAGCAAGGACAUGGAUAGUGAGCACUUCUCUGUGCUCCUGGUUCUCUUGCUCCUUUGGCUGCAUAGCUGUCGAAGACUUGCAGAAUGCCUCUGGACCAGUGUGUUUUCCAGUGGUGUCAUUCAUAUCGUGCAGUAUUGCUUUGGACUUGGUUACUACAUUGCUGUUGGCUCAACUGUGCUGUGUCAAGUGCCUACUAAUGUCAGGAAUGGAAAAAAGCUUUCUGUGCAGAUCUGCUGGUAUCACAUUAUAGGAGUUAUGAUGUACAUUUGGGCCUCUCUUCACCAACACAGAUGCCUUGCAAUUCUAGCUAAUCUUAGAAAAAGCAGAUCAGGAAAGGUUGUAAGUCUGAGCCACAGUGUACCUUUUGGAGACUGGUUUGAGAGCGUUUCUUGCCCUCAUUAUUUUGCAGAGCUCCUCAUAUAUAUUUCUAUGGCCAUCACACUCGGAAUUCACAAUGUCACGUGGUGGUGUGUAGUGAUGUAUGUUUUUUUUAACCAGGCACUGGCUGCUGUUUUGUGUCAUGAAUUUUAUCAGAAAAACUUCAGCUCCUACCCAAAGCAUCGAAAAGCAUUUAUACCACUUGUUUUUUAGAGAAUUUUUUCCAAAGUGUCUUCAUGUAAACUGGGAAUAUAAGAUGGUUUAUUAAAACAAAGGUAAAGUUGCACGUUUUCUCUAAUUCUAACUCAAAAGCUCGUAAUUUUAAUGAUAAUCUCAUCCGUGUAACCAAUUUGUGAGGAAAUGUAAGGUCUCUGCAUAUCAGGCAAGCUAAAAAAGGUUACUGAAGACCUUAAUUCAAAGUGGAGAUAUGCUAAUUGUGUCUUUUCUCUUUUAUGAUUAUAUCUUAUGCAUAAAACACGUGCAUAUGUGUUGCAAAACAAGUCCAAAUUUAUAUAUGUGAAAACUAUUGAAAGGAGGGAAUAAUUUGAACUAAUGAAUUACAUGUCUUGACUAAUA